UAGACAACGGGUAGGUCGAUACGCUUGAAGAAUGCAUGAUCAUCCUGAUUAUAGAAUGCGGUAGUACAAGGCUGAAAAUUGAGAUCGGUGGAAAGCGAGUUUGCUCAGCAGCAAUUUCGACUCAGGAUCAAUAGAACGAAAUCAGAUGCAAUCAUGCACUUAAUGUAAAGUACCUAGGGUAGAAAUGCUCCUCUUGAUGGUUUUACUAGCUCGCGUUUGUCAGCCUUGCAGGUUAAUGUCACAACGUCAUGACCUCAACGUCACAGCUUCCAUCGGAGCACAUAUAACUCGAUAGAUGAAAUAUUCCAUACUCACUCAUAAUGUUAAAACUACUCUCAAGAACUAUUCUCGUUUCUCAACCUUGUCGCAGCACUUUCAUCAAACCCAAUUUCCCAAUAUUGACGAGGACAAUGGCCACAGGAGCAGCAAGCAAUGAUCAAUUGAAAGUCAACAAGCUUUUCGAUGUUUCCAAUUACGCAGCUAUUGUUACUGGAGGAGGUACAGGUAUCGGAUUAAUGAUUACCCAAACUCUGGUUGCAAACGGCGCAAAGGUUUACAUCACAGGUCGACGGGAGGAGGCUUUGGACACUGUGGUUGAGAAAUACAAUACUGGACCAGGGAAGAUCAUUGCACUUCCGGGUGAUGUUACCAAGAAGGAGGAGAUCGUAAGGCUUGUAAAAGAAGUGGAGUCCAACGAGCCAAAAGGAAUUCAUCUCCUCGUCAAUAACGCUGGUAUUGCUCGAGAUGAUAACACCAAAUAUUCAAAUGGAAAGCCUGACUUCAAGUCCGCACAAUCCAUCUCAGACCAUCUUAUGAAGUCAGACCCCUCAGCUUGGGCCUCAACCUUCGAAACGAAUGUCGCAUCUCAGUUUUUCGUCUCAGCCGGCUUCCUACCACUCCUGGCCAAAGCACGAGAAAGUACCCCGGGAUUUUCUCCUAGCAUUGUGAACAUCACUUCAAUUUCUGGAGUCAUGAAGGGCUCUUCAAAUGGCCAAUUCGCCUACGCUUCUUCCAAAGCCGCUUUCCUGCAUCUCACCAGAAUGCUGGCAACGACUUUCGUCGAAGCAAAGAUUAGAGUCAAUAGUAUUGCGCCAGGAGUAUUUCCUAGUGAGAUGACAGCGGGAGACAGUGACGGAGAUCAAAAGAGUAGUUUGGAUUCCGAGGCUAGUAAUCCCAGUGGGAGGUAUGGUCAUGAUACGGAUAUGGGAGCUUGUAUUUUAUUCCUUGCGGGGCCCAGUGGGGUGUUUUUGAAUGGACAGGUUAUUUAUCCUGAUGGAGGUGAGUUCUCUUUCUCGAGUUGUAAUCGAAUUUGGAGAACUGACUACUUUUAA